GUACAUUGGCUUGCGCUUUGCGGGGCGUAUGAUUGGCGGUCCGGCGCGAUCAGCAGCUGAUGAGGACUCCGUGCGUGCGAAAGCACCGUGUUUCUCAUAUGGAUCGACCUGUUUGCUGAUUACUUACGGCAGUAGAUUUUCCGGAUCGUACACACAGGAGUGUUACGAGCGAAUGGUACCAUGUCCGAAACUCCGGAAGAUGAGAACUCGCAAGAGAGUGGAAUCUGCGAGAUCAGCAUAACGGAGGUGGAGCGUCGCUGUACGGGCACUGUCAUGCCGCUGCAAGAUGUUUACAUUGCCUAUCAGGUGGAAUCAGUCAUCCGGGAGCCUAGCAAGACACCGUACAUCGUGUGGCGACGGUACCGGGACUUUGAGUACCUGCACAGUCACCUGCAAGGAACCUAUCGCUACGUUGUCACUCCUCCUCUGCCUGAAAAGAAAGUGCAGUUUCGGUGGCAGAAGCUGCCCACAGACACCCUGGACCCAGAGUUUGUUGAGCGAAGAAGGGCCAGCCUUGAGACAUUCCUGCGGCGGGUGGCAGGCCAUCCCGAACUGUCGGCUGAUCGGCUGUUUGGCGAGUUCCUGCGACACGAGGCCAGCUGGCGAGACGACCACAGCACGGGUGGCCUCCUGCACCGAGCAGACAGCAUGCUGCGCAUCUUCAAUGCUUCCCUGCGGCUUAAGAACCCUGACAGAGAAUUUGAGGAGGUGAAGAGGUACAGCACAGAGCUCAAGGCGAACCUGACCAACUUCUUAAGGGCACGAGCUCGUCUGGUGGACGCAACUCUGGAUUUCCAUACAUUGCACCAGCAGUACGGGCAGGUUCUCAGUGAGCUGAGCCACCGGGACGGCCCCGGUUAUCGGGGGGACAGACUUCAGGCAGCCGGUCAGUUCAUGGAUCGGCUCUCCCAGGCUGCACUGCCCUUCUUCGAGGAGCAGGAAGAGGCAGCUGACCGCCUCAAGGAGUACCUGGCCUACGCUGAUGCACUCCUGGCUGUGUGCAAGCACCAAGAGGUUCUGCAAUACGAGCUGGAACGGAAGAAGAGCCUGUACGCAUCCAGGGAGUCGCAACGAGCAGAAAUUGCAUCCAGUGGUGCACCGAGUCAGGGCCUUGUGUCACGUUUGCUGCAUUCGUCAUCUACACCUGAGCAGAAGGCACAGGCACUGGAGCAGCAGCUGCAGAGCCUUGAUGCUGAGAUUCGGGCAGCAACACGCGAGAAGCAGGAGUUUUCUGAGAAAGCUCUAGCAGAGAUUGCCAAGUUCCGGGAGCAGAAGGAGCGGGACCUCACCCAAGCACUGUCCAUUUUUGUCAGCACCAACAUCCGGCUCUGUAGAGAGUCUGUCGCAAUAUGGGAGAGAGUGUGCCAAUGCUUCGAGGAGAUGUGCCAACUGGAGGACAAGGCCGCACCGACUGGUGACAGUGCCAAUUUGCCAGCUAUUGACAAGACUUCGCCCGUGGCCGACACACUGCCGGUCAGUGCAGAGGAGGUGCCCAUUGGGGAGAAGGACAGGUCUGCCACAAACAGUGAUGUGCAGUGAAGAUGCCUAUGGGUGUACUUCUAGGAAGAACCGGUGCCAUUCUGUUUUUCGCCUACUUUUUACAAUUUUAAUCUUCUAGUUCAUCACAGUCAUUAACAUCAGUCGUGGAUGUCCGAGUCAAUAAAACAUCAUUUCGUGUACAGUGAGCAGCAUGUUGUGGGACCUU